UCUGGCUCUCUAGAUCAUAAGUUCCAGCAAGGUACUAGCCAUGUCUCUUGUGUGCACUUGGUAUUGGUCCUAGCACAAGGCCUGCAUCAUAGCGGGCGCUGGAUAGAUAACUUUCUAAAUGAGUACCCCUUACCCUGAGACUCAGUUUCCUCUUCUGUAAAAUGGAGGAGCAGUGGAGGAGGACAUUUAAAGCAGUAACGUUGCGUGUGGACUUGUAUGGAAUCAAAGCACUAUUAUACAUGGUCUUACUUGUGCAGAAAAGUUCUUUUUAAGCCAAAGCGUAGCCUGCACAUAUGAAGAAUUGUGUUCAGUACCUCAUCCAAAGAAGUGAAGGUUAAUUUGAACAACUCUACUGUCUGGGGCCUGCCGGUGCAUGCUGGGAAGGCAAGCCUUGUCCAAGAUGGGCAUCACCUCUCCUCCCUUCCUCGGGGAGCAGGGGGAGUUACCCCUUCCAAAAAGCCUAAUCAAGUGUGCCUUUGUUAGCAGUUUACAAAGCUUCCACUGAGCGUGGUUUGCGUGCCCUGAAUUUGUAAUGGAAUUUGAGGGCAGGAGAGGACAGUGAACCUCCUUUUGGGUGGAAACCAUUCUCCCGUGCAGCAAACUUGAAGCCCGGGGCAAUCCAGUUGAAAGGAGGACUGAUGAAUCCACUUCCAGCCCAGUAAAACAUGGAGAGGAAAAACCCGUCCAGGGAGAGCCCCAGAAGACUCUCGGCCAAACUGGGCAAAGGCACAGAGAUGAAGAAGGCAGCUCGUCAACACGGCAUGGCGGUUGCUGAGUCAGAUAAGGACUCCGGAUUUUCAGAUGGGAGCUCAGAGUGUCUGAGCUCGGCAGAGCAGAUGGAGUCCGAGGACAUGCUGAGUGCCUUAGGCUGGAGCCGAGAAGACAGGCCAAGGCAGAACUCCAAGACCACAGGCAGUGCCUUCCCCGCGCUGUCCCCAAUGGUCGUCAUGAAGAAUGUGCUGGUCAAACAGGGCAGCAGCUCCUCCCAGCUCCAGUCGUGGACCGUCCAGCCGUCCUUCGAAGUGAUCUCCGCGCAGCCGCAGCUCCUGUUCCUCCAUCCGCCCGUGCCGUCUCCCGUGAGCCCCUGCCACGCGGGCGAGAAGAAGUCGGACUCCAGGAACUACUUGCCCAUUCUGAAUUCUUACACCAAAAUCGCCCCCCACCCAGGCAAAAGGGGCCUUUCCCUCAGCCCAGAAGAGAGAGGAGAAAGUGGGAUGCAGAAGAAAGUCUGUACCGAGAGACUUGGGCCGAGCUUGUCUUCCAGCGAGCCCACCAAGCCUGGCGCCGUGCCCCCCAGCCCCCCGGCACCCCCGGGCGCCAAGCUUGCGGAGGACUCCGCUCUGCAGGGCGUGCCCUCUCUGGUGGCAGGUGGCAGCCCGCAGACUCUUCAGCCGGUGUCCAGCAGCCACGUGGCUAAAGCCCCCAGCCUGACCUUUGCCUCCCCCGCCAGCCCGGUGUGCGCGGCAGACAGCACGCUGCACGGCUUCGAGAGCAGCUCCCCGCUGUCGCCGCUGGCCGCCAGCUACAGCUCGCCCCUGUGGGCCGCCGAGCACCUGUGCCGCAGCCCCGAGCUCUUGGCCGCCGAGCAGCGGCAGAGCAAGCACAGGCGCUUUCAGAAUACCCUGGUCGUGCUCCACAAGUCCGGUCUGCUGGAGAUCACGCUGAAAACCAAGGAGCUGAUCCGGCAGAACCAGGCGACCCAGGUGGAGCUAGACCAGCUGAAGGAGCAGACCCAGCUGUUCAUCGAGGCCACCAAGAGCAGGGCUCCUCAGGCCUGGGCCAAGCUGCAGGCAUCUUUAGCCUCGGGCUCUAGGCACACCGGCAGUGAGCUGGAGGCGUUCUCCGACCACCCAGACAUGUAACCCAGAAGGCAUAUUUUCCCGUGACUUGAGUGGUUCUUUUUAACUCUUUGGCUGUUUCUACUCCUGUCUCCCACAGCUUAUGUAAGAGCUUUUCCUUCUACACUUCAACUGUUGGGCAGCUCACUUAGGAAGCCACAUGCCAAUACCUGGCCGCUGUCUUAACCUGUGGUCUGUGCACAGUUUACAUACGGCUCUGUUCCUCUGAGUCCCCGAGGACUUGUGAAUGCCCUGAGUCCCCUUCCCUUAGCCUGCAGGUGCUUAGAUGGGUCACGGGGCAAAGCAGGAGAGAUGGUUGUGUGGGGCUGUCGCAGCUGUCACCGUCCACCAUCCCACACACUGUGAACAAGGGUACAUUGAUAGGGAGGAGCACACAGAGUGACACCUGUCAAGCCAGGGAGUAGGUGACAGAAGGAUCCCUUUGUGGAGCUUCCCUCGAAUGUCUUAGUCACAGACAGAAAGAGGAGGCGAGCUCGCGUUCCCCAAGGCAUCGUGCCAUCUGGGCAAACACUAGAGUGCCGCGGGCACAGGUUGGGCCGAGGGUGCACGCGCUGAGCCACGUGACGCGCUGUCUUCCUAAACUGGAAAGUCGAGGGGAGAGGGUCGCACCAGUGAACUCUUACACUUUAAUCACAAGCCAGAUUUCUCCUCACUUAAACUGGUAGGCAAAAUACUUCAGAUUUUUAAAGUAUGGAAUGGGUUCAGUACCAUCUGGAAUUGUAAUUGCUGAAUUGCUUUUUUGACUUAGACUCUGAAACAAGUAGACAUGGCCAGCAUCUCUUGGUUGGGAGUUGGAGGAUUCUGGAAAUGUAUGCUCCCGCCCCCACCCCCCAUGCCUCUUUUUGAAACAAUGCAACCUGUUUUAUGUGUGAAAAUCUCAAAAGAUAACUUAGUGGCUUCUGAGAAUGUAUGUAAGUUAACUCUCUGCUGCCACUUUUUUAUCCUCUUUCAUUUUUGUAAAAGAGGAAAGGAGUGAUUACUAAGCUGAUCAACUUUGAAUUAAAACCAUCCUGAAGUCCUGAUGUGUGCCCAAAACACUGGAAACCACUCUUCGUGCUGAUUGUGUUUUCCUAUCCCAAGUUGGCAUUUGUCGCAUGUCACAGUGACAUAGAGCACUCACGGGGAAGUCUUCUGUGUCUCCUUUGUGCCCUGGAUAUUGGUGGCAAAGCCAGAGGUGUGGGGUUAGUUAUUUGAAGCUUAUCUGGAAAUGGAGGGUGCGAUAACAAUUUUCCAGGUGAGACCAAUUCUUGGAGCGUCGUGGUAGAGGUAAACAGGAUUCCUAAGUAGUGCCACUUCAGACUUUUAUCUCUUUGGAAUCUCAUUUAAAAAUUUCAUCCUCUUGAAAAUCUCCACAGAGAUUACCUUAGUAAGAAAUUCCGUGUGACCAACUUCACAUUUUCUGCAGGGAAAAAUGUUCUUAAAAUUUCACCAAGGCCAGAAGCUAAUGCUCACAUUUACCUGGUAGUUACAACCGUCCACAGCCUUUAAAUUUCAAGGCAUCGGAUUGCCCACACUUUGUCACUAAACUUGAAUGUCUUAGAUACGACCAGUUU